AUGGCCGACGUAUUGUCUUCGGGAGUUGCACAAGCAGUGCAAGUAUUCACAAAGGGAACCAGUGCCUGGUUUGAAGACGAAGAUGAGGCUUGGAUUUCCGCAUCUGUUACUUCAAAAGAGGAAUCAGGAACAGGCGUAAAAAUUUUAUUUGAAGAUGAUGGCGGAAGACAACAUGUGUUUGAAAGUACGUUUGCUUUGCUUGAAAAACAAAAGGGUGCCAAUUUGCCGCCCUUGAGAAAUCCACCAAGGUUAGAAAAUACCGAGGAUUUGACUAACCUGAGUUACUUGAGUGAACCUUCAGUUUUAAAUACAAUCCGUACCCGUUAUUUUCAACGGAAUAUCUAUACUUACUCCGGUAUCGUCUUGAUCGCUGCCAAUCCCUUUGCAAGCGUGCCAUUGUAUGAGCCUGACAUCAUUCAACAAUAUUCCGGUAAGAGACGUGGAGAGUUGGAACCUCAUUUAUUUGCUAUUGCUGAGGAUGCCUACAGAUGUAUGGUAAGAGAGAAAUCAAAUCAAACGGUGGUUGUUUCCGGUGAGAGUGGUGCUGGUAAAACUGUAUCAGCUACUCAUAUUAUGAGAUACUUUGCCACUGCUGAUGAUAAAGAUUCUGGCAAAGUAAAGGAUGUAACACAGGGAAUGACAGAGGUUGAAGAACAAAUUAUGGCCACAAAUCCCAUUAUGGAAUCGUUUGGUAAUGCCAAAACCACAAGAAAUAACAACAGUUCAAGAUUUGGUAAAUAUAUCGAGAUUCAAUUUGAUAACCGUCAAAAUAUUGUGGGUGCGAAAAUCAGAACCUAUCUCCUGGAAAGAUCCAGAUUGAUCUUUCAGCCCGAAGCGGAGAGAAAUUACCAUAUUUUCUAUCAGCUUUGUUUAGGUGCUCCUAUCAAUGAACGUAAGAAUCUCGAGUUGGGUGACUGGAGUAAAUUUCACUACUUAAAUCAAAGUGGGAUCGGAUCCAUCCCUGGUGUUGAUGAUGUCGCUGAAUUUGGAGACACACAGAAAUCCCUUUCGCUCGUCGGUAUUGCUGUUGAACAACAAUGGCAAAUCUUCAAGCUAUUGGCAGCAUUACUUCAUAUCGGUAAUAUUGAAAUCGCCGGUCGUAACGACGCAACCUUAUCCGAAGAUCAACCUGCUUUGGUCACUGCCACUAAAUUGCUCGGCAUCAAAACUUCGGAAUUUAGAAAAUGGUUAGUGCGUAAACAGAUGAUUACAAGAAACGAAAAAAUCGUUUCCAAUUUAAAUCCCGUUCAAGCAACUGUCGUCCGAGAUUCCGUCGCCAAAUACAUCUAUGCCAGUUUGUUUGAUUGGCUGGUCAAGGUCGUUAAUGACAGUUUAUCCUGUCAGAUUGAAGGUUUGGUCGAAACUUUUAUCGGUGUUUUGGAUAUUUAUGGUUUCGAGCAUUUCAAGAAGAAUUCCUUCGAACAGUUCUGUAUUAAUUAUGCAAACGAAAAAUUACAACAGCAGUUCAAUCAGCAUGUCUUCAAGUUAGAGCAAGAGGAGUAUGUCAAGGAAAAGAUCGACUGGAAGUUUAUUGAUUUCAGUGAUAAUCAGAAAUGUAUUGAAGUCAUCGAAUCAAAAUUGGGUAUCUUGUCUCUUUUGGAUGAAGAAUCCAGAAUGCCUUCAGGUACAGAUCAAGGCUUUUGUAAUAAGCUUUUCUCCAAUUUCUCUGAUCCCAAAUACAAGGAUUAUUUCAAAAAACCUCGUUUCUCAAACAGCGCGUUUGUCGUCGUGCAUUACGCUCAUGCUGUCGAAUAUGAUUCCGAAGGUUUCAUUGAUAAAAAUAAGGAUACUGUUCCUGAUGAGCUCUUGACCUUAUUACAAAAUGCCGAUUCGCCAUUCUUGGUCGAUAUGCUUGCUACAGCUACCGCUGCUGCUUCUGCCGCUAGUCAAGAAUCAAAACCUGUAGCUCCUGUCAAAAAGAUGGGUAUGGGUGUGGCCAAGAAACCUACUUUGGGUUCCAUUUUCAAGUUAUCAUUGAUUAGUUUAAUGGAGACCAUUAGUAAAACCAAUGUGCAUUAUAUUCGUUGUAUCAAGCCUAACGAAGGUAAGGUGCCUUGGGGAUUUGAGCCCAACAUGGUUCUGUCUCAAUUACGUGCUUGUGGUGUGUUAGAAACCAUUCAUAUCAGUUGUGCUGGUUAUCCUUCCAGAUGGACCUUUGAAGAUUUUGCCGAUAGAUUUUAUGCACUUGUGAACUCUCAAUACUGGGAUCCUAAUCUUCGCCCCGACAUCAACAAGUUGUGUCAUGUUAUUUUGGACAAGUACAUCAAGGACUCUGACAAAUAUCAGAUCGGUCUUACCAAGAUCUUCUUCCGAGCAGGUCAGUUAGCCUAUCUUGAAAAAUGUCGUCGUGAGCGUUGGGAUGAAUGCACCAUCUUGCUUCAAAAGAAUAUGCGACGUUUCAUUGUUCGUAUCGGCUAUUUACGUAAACUCGACUUGAUUUCGAAAUUGCAAAGAGUGGCGCGACAAAAAAUGGGUGUGCGUAAAUUGGAAAUGAUUCGCGAGGAUAUCGCAGCCACCAAAAUCCAAACCCAAUGGCGUCGAUACAUUCAACGUAAACGCUACUUACAACAACGUCAGUUUAUCAUUCAUUUACAAGCUGCUGUUCGUUCUCAUUUGACCCGAAAGACUUUUGCCAACAUUCGGGAACAUUUUGCUGCCAUCAAGAUUCAGAGCUUGUUACGUGGCUGGGUCGUUCGCAAAGAGUAUCAGGCCAAGCGAAAUUACAUGAUUCAACUUCAGACCAGUAUUCGUCGUCAUUUAGCAAGAAAGGCCUUACUUGUACUUAAGCAUGAUGCUAAAUCCGCCAACCAUUUCAAGGAGGUUUCCUACAAAUUGGAAAGUAAAGUGGUUGAACUCACUCAAAGCGUGACCCAAUACCGAGACGAAAAAGAUCAAUUGCGUUUAAAGGCCAACGACCUUGAAACACAAGUAAAAUCUUGGGCAGAGAGGUACGAAAAAUUAGAUUCUAAAGCCAAAUCCCUUGAAAAGGAUUUAGAGGGUCCCUCAGAUUUAGAAGUUCAACUCGAGGCUUUACAGACUGAACGCAACGGCUUACAAACAGAAUAUAGAAAUUCUCUGGAGCGUAUCAAGAAGCAAGAUUCCGAAAUCGCUCGUCUCUCGGAGGAUUUAGCAAGACAAAAGGAAGAAAUCACCAAACUAAGACAAUCCAACAAUCAGCAACAGCUGAUGAAGUCAUCCCCCGUCAGUCCUGGUGGCGCUUUCUCUGUUGCGGGUGAUGAACCCGAUGUCGCUGAACUCAAGAGUCAAAUUGUGGCUUUGAAGGCACAACUCUCUCAGUCUUUGAAGAAUCAUCCCAAACGUCAAGCCUCCAUCAAUGCAUAUCGUACUUUGUCUCCUCAACGUGGUGGUGGUGGACGUGGUAUGUCUCCCGAUAACUAUAGCCGUGGUAGAUCACCUAGUGCAGAUCCUCGUGGUCGUUCCCCUAGCGUCUUGAAUGGCAACAACGUGAUGCGCCGUACUAGUAUCGGUGACCGCAGAAUGGAAAACAAGGUGCCUAGCAAGGUUGUUUAUGCUGAACCAGAUCAAAUGAUCCCUAAACAAAUUGACCAGCGCGGUAGUUUGGAAGUAGAGAAGAAGACUAACCCAGAAGACGCCAUCAAUUUACUCUUACAAGAUUCUGAAUUAUUAGAAGAAGAAAUCAUUGAAGGCUUAAUUCAUACCUUGAAGAUUGUUCCUCCCGAGAUGCAAAAACUUCCUGCGCGUGAAACUGUAUUAUUCCCUGUACAUAUUAUUGGUAAAUGUGUCACACAAAUGUGGCGCCUUGGUUAUUUGGUGGAGUCUGAGCGUUUAUUGUUUAGAGCAAUGGAUACGAUCCAAAAGGAUUGUUUGUCAUUCACUGGCGAAGAUACCAUUGUCCCUUGUUCUUACUGGUUAUCCAACACACAUGAAUUGCUCUCACUCGUAUACUCUGUUGAACAAGAGCUUGAACGUGAAAUGCAUUAUAAUUCGAUCCAUGGUUGCCGCGCCGUGGGUUGGCACGAUUUUGAAAAGCUUGUGUCUACCAUGAAAUUCGAGCUUCAAUGUCUUCAAGACAACAUCUAUCAUCACUGGUUAUCUGAAUUGAAGAAGAAGUUGAACAAGAUGGCUAUUCCUGCUGUGAUUGAAAACCAAUCUUUACCUGGAUUCAUUGCCAGUGACUCGAACCGUUUCUUUGGUAAAAUUUUGUCUGGUAACAAUCAACCUGCUUUCUCGAUGGAUGAACUGUUGAACUUCUUGAACCGUAUUUAUCGUACCAUGAAGAGUUAUUAUGUCGAACCCUAUGUGAUGGAACAAGUCUUGACCGAGCUGUUAAAGUUGAUUGGUAUCACUACAUUCAAUGACCUUGUAAUGAGACGUAACUUCAAUUCUUGGAAGAGAGCUAUGCAAAUUCAGUACAAUAUCACACGUUUGGAAGAAUGGUGUAAGGCCCACGACGUGUCUGAAGCUACCAACCAAUUAGAACACUUGAUGCAAGCUACCAAGUUGUUACAAUUAAAGAAGGCUACAUUGGAAGAUAUUAAGAUCAUUUACGAUGUGUGUUGGUUCCUUGCACCUACUCAAGUUCAAAAGCUGAUUCAAAACUACAGUGUCGCAGAUUAUGAAGAUCCUAUCAGUAACGAGAUUUUGCGAGCCGUAGCAUCACGUGUGAGUAGUGGCGAUACAGGUGAUAUAUUGUUGCUGGAUAAUGUGUCGAUUGAAGAUAGCGAAUACGAUCAACCUGAGCCCCAUAAUGUUGUAGCCAAUUCUUAUAUCCCUGAUUACUUGAACCUGCAAAACGUCCAAAACUUGAUUGCAUUAAUCAAUUUAGCAGAAAAGCAAAGACCUCAACGCAUGGAUUCCAUGUAAAAAAAAAAAAGUUAGUUAUUGAACAAUGAUGUGUUCUCUAUUAUUUUUAUGUAUAUGUAUUCCUAUCACAACCCUUUUUAUAAUUUAUCAUUUGAA